UCCCUCAGCCUGUGGUUUGCUCUGACGCUGGAGGGCUGGUCCAUGGAGCGUUCCGGUCGCUAAAAUGGGAGUGGGUGAGCUGGGAUAGGCUGGGAGUUUGGUUAGAGAGCCCUCAGUGAGACGGAACUAGACACAAGAAAACGAAGAACUGACAAAUUAUUAACUUCUGGCUCCUGGGCGGCUGAAUGUUGCACGGGAAAUUUGGCACAUACGUCUUUACGGAAAAUAGCAUUUGUUGCAUUCAGGCGUUUACGGAUCGGAGCGGCGCGAAUGACAAAGAAGCGUCGCGGUGCAAACUUUCUCAGCCGGGUUUGAUCGCUCGUAAAAUCCCAACGGGGAAAUCUGUUUUUCAAUCUAACGGAGGCGCAAAGAAGAGAAAACAGCAUGCCACGGCGCACCGUGCAAGAAGUAACAGUGCAAGAUGUCCAGAAGCGGAGAAAUCCCAACAAGCACUACGUUUACAUUAUCAAAGUGUCCUGGAGCGAUGGCAGUACAGAAAUCAUUUACAGACGCUACAGCAAGUUCUUCGACCUGCAGAUGGAAUUACUGGAUAAAUUCCCAGUGGAAGGAGGCCAGAAAGACCCCAAGCGCAGGAUCAUUCCAUUCCUACCAGGAAAGAUCCUGUUUAGGAGGAGCCAUAUCAGAGAUGUGGCCAUGAAAAGGUUAAGGCCCAUCAAUGAGUACUGCAGGGCCCUCAUCCAGCUGCCAGUCUACAUCUCCCAGUGCGAGGAGGUCAGAGUGUUUUUUGAGACCAGACCUGAAGAUAUCAACCCGCCCAAAGAGGAACCCAUCGGAAAGAAGAAAUCAGGGAUUGUGGAGAGAGCGACUACUUUCCUAAAGCGAGGAGAUUCCACCGCAGGAGAUCCUCUCCUCCUCGACCAGUAUGUGGCAGUCACAGACUAUGAGAAGCAGGAGAGCUCUGAGAUCAGCCUGCAUGUGGGUCAGGUGGUGGAGGUCAUUGAGAAAAAUGAGUCUGGGUGGUGGUUUGUUAGCUCGGAGGAUGCCCAGGGCUGGGUCCCUGCCACCUGCCUUGAGGCACAGGAUGACCCUGAUGACUUCACAUUUCCAGGAGAAGAAGAUGAGAAGUAUUCAGUAAUUUACCCGUACUCGGCCAGAGACGAGGAUGAGAUCGAUCUGGAGAGGGGCAUGAUUGUUGAGGUGAUUCAGAAGAAUUUGGAGGGCUGGUGGAAGAUCAGGUACCAUGGCCGUGAGGGCUGGGCCCCAGCCUCCUACCUGAAAAAGGCUGACAUCCAGAGCCAGAAGCUGUCAGCUGGUGCUGCUGCUCACGCCAGUACCAACGACCUAGAUGGGGUUGCUAAACAGAACCAACAAAACAAUGCAGCCAGAGAGAAUCGAGACAACAGCCAAAAAGAAAACCGACUUUCGUUUUUCUCUGACAAAAAAGUAGGAUCAAGACACAGACCACCACCACGCAGAGAUCUUACCAUUCCACGUGGUACAAACCUACCCAAGCCGCCCAUUCCCCCCCAGGUUGAGGAAGAGUUCUACACCAUAGCAGACUUUCAGACCACUAUUCCCGAUGGCAUUAGCUUCCAAGCUGGAGUCAAAGUCGAGGUCAUUGAGAAGAAUGCUAGUGGUUGGUGGUACAUACAGAUAGAUGACAAAGAGGGCUGGGCCCCCGCCACCUUUAUCGACAAGUACAAGAAGACUAGUAAUGCUCUGCGUCCUAAUUUCCUUGCCCCUCUGCCCAACGAGAUGGAAAAACUGAGAUUGGAAGAUGGUGGUUCUUCAAAUGUUUCAGGCACAGAUGAUAGUUGGUCCAAGCCUUUACCAGAUGAGCCACCCACGGCCACUGAGUCCUGUGCCCGGCCUAAGCUGAGAGAUUGGAAGUCCAGUGCCAGCAAGGGAGGUGUUGGGCCAUUACCUCCAGCCCCAGCUGCCCCUCCAGCUGAGGAUAAACCAGCUCUGCCACCUCGACGGGAGUCCAUUAAUAAAAGUUUUGAAUUGGAAGUAGCAGAGAAACAGAGAUCGGAUCAUUCCAAACCUUUACCCCCAAAACCCCCAGCUCCAGGGGUCAUCAUGCCUCUCGUUCCAUCCAAGGCAGCCCCCUUUAAACAAGACAAACCAGCAGAGACCAAGAAGGAAGAUAAGAGCAAACCUCUUCACCUUCGGAAUGAGAUGGGUCUUGAAUGUGGCCACAAGAUCUCUGCCAAAGAGGUGAAGAAGUUUAAUUUGAAACCUGUUCCUAAACAGCCACCAAAGCCCAAAUCAGAGGUGCAGGAGGAGAAACCAGAUGCAGCUGGCCCAGCGGUGUUUAUGAAGGCGAAGCCAGUGAUUCGACCCAAACCUGUUCCCGCUGCCAAGCCAGAUACUCCGGCAGAGAACAAACUGGAUAUCACAAACCUGAGAAGCAAGCUGAGGCCCUCAAAACCUGCGGAUCUCGGCUCUGCAUCUGACAAUUCAGCAGUAGUAAAUAGUUCCCAACCCAUUUCAACCCCCAGCUCACCUCCCCCCAACCAUAUCCCUACCCUCAAUAAUGGUAAGCACUGCGAUGAGCCAAAACUCCCUCCAAAACACAUCAAUGGUCAUAGCCAGGAGAGCUCAUCCCCCCCUGCAAAACCAGCAGUGCCUCCACCCAAGGAACCUCCUCAGAGACCCCCCGCCAUGGCUCCAAGAAGACCUCCUCCUCCAAAAAAGGAGAACCCGUCCAGCCCAACUGAGCUCAAACCUCCACCUGCUCUAAAAGAAGCCCAGGAUAUGCCCAAGGCUCCACCACCCCAACUCAGCAGACCCCCUCCUCCUAAACCCAAAGGGUUUGCUCUGGCACCUCAAAACAAAGAGAAAGAAGAGUCCAAAGUAAAUAAAGUUCCAAUUCCUCCAAAGCCGCAGGUGAAGAGUGAGAAGCCUGGCCCACCCAAGGACAAGCUUCCCCCUUUACUCAAGGAGCCCAGUAAGGAUGAGCUGUACCUAGCUGUGGCAGACUUUGAGGGGGAUGAAAACACAUCUAGCUUCAAGGUGGGUACAUUGUUUGAAGUGCUGGAAAAAAACGGCAGCGGCUGGUGGUUCUGUAAAAAUGUACAAGAAGAAGUCGAGGGCUGGAUCCCCUCAAAUUACCUGAGCAAAAAACCAUAGUGUGAAUGUGCUCUCAAAACCAAUGCCAUAUGAAUUUAAAAAAAAAAAAAAAAAAAAGAAAAAACCUAAGGAUUUAAAUGAACAAUAUAUCACUACUUUUUAGCUUACUAGCAUUGUUUUAUUUAUAGGUACCUUUUUUAAUUGACUUUUGUUAUGUUUCAUUUCAUGUUUCAGUUGACUUUUGUUCUGUUUCAUUUUGAUAAAAAUAUUCUACCUAAACUGAACCAGCAAUAACACGUGACCUUGUUGGGUCUUGUGACGUUUACUUCUUUUUGUUUUUAUCUGAGUAUUACACGAACUCUUAGGUGAAAAGGUUAGACGCUACAACAGCAGUAAAUGUAUCUCCACCCAUGCCUUCUAGGAUUCGGUGCCUCUAUAUUAUAUGCAACCUGCUUCAGUGCUUAAUAUACUGUAUGCAACUGUAGUGUAGUUCAUGUUGGAAUCUUAAAAACCUUUUAAAUCAUUAAUCUGCAUCACAGGAGAAUACAUGAAAUGUUCAAAUCCAGCCAGCCUUUUGCCCAGCAGCAGAGGGGAAAAAAAGCAAAAUCCAAAAAAUCUAAAACAAAGACUGCACAUGAACUCAGUGGGGGAGUUCAGUGACAAUAUCUGGGCUUUCAAGUGCUAUUAAGCAAUUACUAAAACAUGUCUUUGCCAAGUAGAAGUGCUGUUUGUUAUAGUAGAAACCUGCAUUAGUUUUUGUGCUAUUGUAACGCUUUCUUUGUUGACUGCAUAAUUGUUGCAGUAACUUGUAACAGAUGUGCACUUUUUCAGUCAUUUCAGAUGAGGUAAGUUUAAGGUUUGCACACCCUGAAGAAAAGGGAAGAAUGCCACUGUGCAUUGUAUUUCUUAGUUGUAUUAGUCAUUUUUAUGUUUUUUUUUUUUCAUACACAUCAUUACAAAUAUCCACCUAUGUUGAGAUGAGGGUAGGAUAUCUAAACUGACAAGGUCAAAAGGAGCUCUCUGUCAAAGUAAUUUAACACGUAAUUGCACCCAAAAUGAUUGUGAAAUCUGAUUUGCAAAGUAAAUCUGCUUAUCUGUACCAGAUGACUGGCCUAAGAAAUAAGAAAUUGGGAGAUCUGCAGCGAUUUGUGCAGUGAUUUACAGUAUUGCAAGUGUACAGUCUGUUCUCAACCGAAGUUUGGUGCUCGGAUAACGGCAAUCAUUGUAUAAAAAUGAUAUUUUACAUUAAUGCUUGACUGGUCUCAAGCAUGGUCAGUAUAGCAAAUUAUUUUUAUUGUACAGAAAUGAGAGUCAUAUCUUAGCUGUUGUCACUUUUCUCUGAUGACCCAUCUGUUCUUUUACUCUGUACUGAUGAAGGGAUUAGAAGAAGAAAAGAGCCAAGAAGGAAUUUGGUUGGUUGAUUUAUAGGAUUUCCCAAUUGGAGGAAAUGUAGAGGGCUGUGUUGUUUCUGCCAAGAGAUAAAUAGAAAAAAAGUCACUUAAGAAAAUUAUGUGAAACAGCUGGCUGCUAUUUACAAAAUGAAUCAGCAAAAUUACAUGUUUACAGUUGUCGACUCAACUUUCCACCCAUGUUUUAGCAGUAAUGACAAUAUUCAAUUGAAAAAAAAAAAAAGUUUUAAAUAUACCUAAAAUUGUAUUGUUUAAGUAUGUUAUGUGGACAAAAGGCAGGGAGGUGCAGUACAGUCCAAGGCAAAUAGAUUGAUGGUGUCAUCAUUUCAGUAUUGUAAUCUUAUUUACUUUUGUGCUAUGUAUUUUUAUUACAUUGAGUCUCCUUCUACUUAAAUCAAUAAAAGUUUCUGAUUUUUUUUCAA